GAGGCUAUAAAGCAUUUAUCAGUUCCAAAUCUACUAAAACUAUGAGCUUCACUUGAGCAACAUGUGGCAGGAACAGCAGCAUCUCCAGACGUCUGUCAUAUGCGCGUCACCGCUAUUUUGGACACUUUGGAUGGAGAGCACGAGGACGCGCCAGACCUAUUCUUGAUUCCACAGAGGAUUAAAUAUAAUCUCAGACAAAAAGUCUAACUGAUUAAGAAGGAUAUCGCAUUAAGUUGAUCAUGGCUGGUCUACAGAGUGGCUCGAACGUAACGCGUAAUUUCACGAAUCAGUUCGUGCAGCCGGCGUGGCGUGUCGCGGUGUGGUCGGUCGCGUACAGCUCCGUGCUCGCGGUCGCCGUGUUCGGGAACAUCAUCGUUAUAUGGAUCAUUCUGGCCCAUAAACGGAUGCGCACCGUUACCAACUAUUUCUUGCUCAACCUGGCGUUCUCCGACGCCUCGAUGGCCGCCUUCAACACGCUCAUCAACUUCAUUUACGCCACGCACGGAGAGUGGUACUUUGGAGAGGUGUACUGCAAGUUCCACAACUUCUUUCCCGUGACCGCCGUGUUUGCCAGCAUUUACUCCAUGACUGCGAUUGCAGUCGACAGGUACAUGGCCAUAAUUCACCCUCUGAAGCCUCGUCUGUCGGCUACUGCCACUAAAGUUGUGAUUGUCUGUAUUUGGGCCUUGGCGGUGAUUUUGGCUUUCCCGCUGUGUUUCUACUCCACCACGAGAACUAUGCCUCGCAGAACCGUCUGCUACGUUGCCUGGCCGAGACCCGCUGAGGAUUCGUUCAUGUAUCAUAUCAUAGUGACGGUGCUGGUGUACAUGCUGCCCCUAGUGGUGAUGGGUAUCACCUACACUAUAGUCGGGGUGACACUCUGGGGAGGAGAGAUUCCUGGAGAUUCAUCGGACAAUUAUGUCGGACAACUGCGUGCUAAAAGGAAGGUGGUGAAGAUGAUGAUCGUGGUGGUGGUGACCUUUGCCCUCUGCUGGUUGCCCUAUCACAUCUAUUUCAUUGUGACGGGGCUAAACAAGCGUCUGAACAAGUGGAAGUCCAUCCAGCAGGUCUAUCUGUCUGUGUUGUGGUUGGCCAUGAGCUCCACCAUGUACAACCCGAUUAUUUACUGCUGUCUGAAUGGCAGGUUCAGAGCCGGCUUCAAAAGGGCCUUCAGGUGGUGUCCCUUCAUCCACGUAUCAAGCUACGAUGAGCUCGAGCUCCGUCCCACCCGUCUCCAUCCGCGUUACCAGAGCAGCAUGUGCACCCUGUCCCGGGUCGACACCAGCGUCCACGGAGAUGACCCCCGCCACAGCGACCGAAAGAGCACCAAGUCCCAGUGUCAGGUCGAGGUCAGAGACCCAAACACAGCAGCGACUAAACUCUGUCUCCACAGAGAGCCGGUGUUUGCAAGCGAGCAGCUCAGCUGAAGAUGCUCCAUCACACUCUCUGCAGCGUAACACUGCCUCCAAGUGGAGGACUCAGAACAUUACCAGUGUAGUGUAGCUUACUACUGCCUAGUACAUACUGCAUACUGCCUUCUCAUUUCUACAAUAGAACAUAGUACACAUUCUGCAAUGGUUAGCAUUUAAAACACUGUUCAUCAUGUAGCCUAAAGCGAUUGUGUGUCUGCAGAUCAUUUGAAGUAAACCGCUCGAUUCAUGUGUAUUCGAUUUUUCUCUUUACGUAAUUUUUGAAGCGUCAAAGUUGUAGUUGCAUUGCUGUCGAUGAAGGGACAGAAAUCUCUCAGAUUCCAUCAAAAUCAGAAAGAUUAACCAGUUUGGAACAACAAAUGAUUUUGG